AGCUAGGUCUCCUCUUCCGAUCCUGUCGGCUCGCAUUUCCCGCCUCUCUCCGCCGCUCUCUCCUGUGAUUUGGAUCUCCCCCUUCGCCGCCGCAUCCCCUCCGCCGCCGCAUCUCCUCUUCGCCGGUGCCAAGAGGAAGAAGAACAAGAGAUCAGCUAGCUAGAGGAAGAAGAACAAGAGAGACAAGCUAGUUUUGUUUUGUAUUUGUGCUGUUGGGAUCAAGAGAUCAGCUAGCUGGAGCAGAUAUAAAGAAAAAAGGAAACCCCAGGCAGCGGCCGCGGCGGAGACAGAGAUCGACGGUGCGGGCAAGAGGCGCCGAUGGGCGGCGGGUCGAUCAAGUCGGACAUGGAGAUGCUGAUGGAGGACAUCAUCUCCCUGCGGAGAGAGCGGAAAGACCUCAUGGAGUCUCUUACUCCCAGGAUUUCUUCCUGGAGGGAUCGGAUCUCUGGAGAAGCAAUCUCGUCCUUCCAUAAGAUGGACUCGAGCACCAUCAAACAAGCCUCCAGUUUCCAGUCCGACUCACAGCAGCAGGUAUACUUGACAGACGACUUCGAUAUUCUGGAGGACGUCGAGGAUUUGGGCCAGCGGAUGCUAUCUUUGGCACAUUCUCUUUCGACUUCCCAUGCCCCCAUCUCCUUGUACAAGGCGGACGAGCUGGUUAGCACAGCAUCCAAAUUAGCGCAUAUCUCGCUGGAUUUCUGCAAAUCUACCGGGGCGGCAAUGGAGGAGGCAGCGGAGGAGGAGAGGAAGACGAAGCAGACUCAAGAGAAGAAGAAUGAUGAGCUGAGCAAGCUUUUUCUGCCCAACGAAUUCUUGGAACUCUCCUGCAGUGUCCUGGAUAGACCCUACUGCUACAAAAAUGAGUUGGCCAUGCUGUUUAAGGUGGAGGAAGAGGAGGAGUAUGAGAGGGUGAGGGAGGCCGAGAGAGAGAUGGAGAGGCAGAGGGCGAAGAGUAAGCAGAGGAGGCAGAGGGAGAAGAACAAGCAGCAGAUUGUGGUGAAGGAGGAGCGCGUUGCUGAUGAGCAGCAAACAAAAUCUCAAACGGAGCAACUCAAAGAGUGGAUGGAUGAUGAGCUGGAAUUUUUCGCAGGCCACCGUAGCAUCUGGGAACGCUCUAGUGGCAGCAAGGCCGGGCGGUUCGGUGGCUUCGAAGAUAAAACGACAUUAAGUCCUCUCCAAUUUACGCACUGCACACCCGGUAUCCUUCUGCCCCGUGCCGCUGUCACUGAAAGAACGUUGCAAAUCUACUCAUUCAAACUUGUUGGACUAACGGAGCAGCUGAAGUGGCCACUCUCUGUUUAUGGCGUGGUUGCUGCCCGAGACACCGUAGACUGCAACCGCAACCUUCUCUUCUCUCGGUCGAGGAUCAGGGGUCAAUUACUCUCUGGACAUGACUCUUAUCUGCGCUUGACUGGCCCGUCUCGAGCAAUUCUAGUUGGGGAUUAUGUUGACUUUGAAGUUGAACUAAAAGUACGUGAUGGAGAUGAUGAGCACAAUGAUACACAGUUGAUGUGUGUUAGCAAGCGGUAUAAAGAAGCAGACGGCGACGGUGAGCAACCUUUACUCUUCGAUAGCCCAUUAUGUACUGCAGAGUUGAGGUUUGAGCUUUUUCCUACGACGGUCCAGCUCACUGUAUUGUCCGUUCGUGUUGUUGGAGGUGAGUUCCCUUUUAGCUCUGGGGGUCAGGUUGCUUGUAUUGUUUCUGGCCGUGAGAGGGUUGUGCUGUUUGAUUCUACUGAAAAAAUUACUAGAGAAGACGAAGUAGUUUUGGAUGGUUAUGUUCCUUUGUCAAGAAACGCCAUUUCAGUAGAGUUUGAAAAAGGAGUGACUGUUGAGGUAACAGCCUAUGUUGAUUCUGGUUCUAUCGCUGAUCGUGUCCACUUCCCUUCCAAGUGGUGCAACAUUAGUCAGGAUAGAUGUUUCAUCUGUGGUUCUGAGGUGGAGAUUACUGUUGCAUGGUCCCGGGUUGUGAGAGACAAGAUGGAGAUGUUGCUGGAGGGAUACGCUACCCAGGUGUAGUGUGCUAUCUGUAAUCAGGAGUGGUAAUUGUAUGUCGGCAAGUAUCAACUAUAUAUAUUAUUAUUUGUAUGUUGCCUCUAUAUUUUGUAUGUCGGCAAGUAGUAUGUAUGAAGUCUAUAUUAUAUUAUUUGACUCUUAUGUGUUAAUGAGCAGUCGUGUUGUGUGAAAUAUUCAGGAAAUAGCCUUGAAAGCCAAGUUUGCUUGUACUGGCAUUAUGUUUACUUGUGUUGUGUGCCAUUGCAAAUAUUCUGCUCAGCUGCUUAAUAGAAGUAUGUAAGAUUGGGAUGUCCUGCAUUUAA